AUGGUGGCCCCAUCUCCGUACCGUACCGCAAUCAUUGAUUGUGUCAAAAGCGGAAUGACGAAUUCAGAGAUCGUUAAAAAGCUGAAAGUGUCUCGUGUUCUCGUUUUUCGAACUGCACAACGCUAUCGGCGUCUCGGUACUUCAGAUGACAUGCAAAGAAGGGGACGUCCAGUCACCGUCACGACUCCAGAAGCAGUCAAAGCCGUUCGAGAGAAAAUCAGACGCACUCCGGAAAGAAGCAUGAGAAAGAUGGUAAAAGAACACAAAAUGAGUCGAGAAUCGAUGAGAACUGUUGUCAAGGACAAGCUGAAGAUGAUUCCCCACCGUAUGCAGAAAGGAGCCUUCCUCAAUCAAAAAAACAAGACAUUCCGGAUGAAAAAGGCUCGAAAGCUGCUCGCUGGCACGAAAGAUGGCUCGCAUCUGACGACGCUAUUUACCGACGAGAAAAUCUUCACUGUGGAGCCGAACAAGAACGGCCAAAAUCAUCGGAUCAUCGCUACUGACUAUCAGAGUGCCUGUGAAAAAGGAAAAAUUCUGAAUAAAACUUCGCAUCCGGCUUCCGUGAUGGUUUUUGCCGGAAUUACCGCUGACGGCAAAACUCCGUUGAUUUUUGUGGAUCCUGGAGUCAAAGUGAACCAAGUAUACUACAGGGAGUAGAUUUUAAAGUUGAGGGUGUUGCCCUGAGCCAAUUCUCACUACGGAAACCGACCAUGGACCUUCCAGCAAGACGGCGCCCCCGCUCAUCGUGCCAAAGGGACUCAAGAGUGGUGUCGCGCCAAUUUUCCGAGUUCGUCUCGGCUGCUGAUUGGCCUGCUUCCUCGCCCGACCUCAACCCGAUGGACUAUGCCGUGUGGAUAAAUCUGACCGAGAAGGUCUCUUCUAAGAACUACCCAAGUAUCAAAGCCCUGAAGACCGCGCUCAUCAAGAAAUGGGACGAAAUCGACGACGACUACCUUCGUGCCGUGAUCGAUGCGUAUCCGAAGAGACUGAAGGCCGUUAUCAAUGCUAAAGGAGGACGUUUUGAAAACUAUUCUUGA